CUUCAAUCCAUUUGUUUAUCAGAGAAGACUGUUCCUUUGCCACAUCACCACAAUGUGUGGGAUACUGGCAGUCCUUGGUUGCAUCGACAACUCUCAAGCUAAACGUUCUCGUAUCAUCGAGCUCUCUCGCAGAUUGAGGCAUAGAGGUCCUGACUGGAGUGGACUCCAUAGCCAUGAAGAUUGUUACCUUGCUCAUGAGCGUUUAGCCAUCAUUGACCCAACUUCCGGAGACCAGCCUCUCUAUAACCAAGACAAGACCGUCGUUGUCACUGUCAAUGGAGAGAUAUACAACCACAAGAUCCUGCGUGAGAAGCUGAAGUCUCAUCAGUUCUGGACUGGUAGUGACUGUGAAGUCAUUGCUCAUCUUUAUGAAGAACAUGGAGAGGAGUUUAUUGACAUGUUGGAUGGAAUGUUUGCCUUUGUCCUUCUUGAUACACGUGACAAGAGUUUUAUAGCUGCAAGGGACGCUAUUGGUGUCAUCCCCUUAUACAUUGGAUGGGGUGUUGAUGGUUCUGUCUGGUUUGCUUCUGAGAUGAAGGCACUUAGUGAUGAUUGUGAGCAGUUUAUGGCUUUCCCUCCAGGCCACAUCUAUUCAAGUAAACAAGGAGGGCUUAGGAGGUGGUACAAUCCUCCAUGGUACUCUGAGCUGGUUCCUUCAACCCUUCCUUCAACCCCAUAUGAUCCUUUAGUCCUCCGCAAUGCCUUUGAGCAGGCUGUGAUAAAGAGACUAAUGACUGAUGUGCCUUUCGGAGUUCUUCUCUCUGGAGGUUUAGACUCCUCCCUCGUUGCUUCAGUUGCACUACACCAUUUGGAAAAAUCUGAAGCUGCUCAAUGGGGUUCACAGUUGCAUACAUUUUGCAUUGGGGUCGCCGGAUCUUAAAGCUGGCAGAGAAGUUGCUAACUAUCUUGGGACACGCCACCACGAGUUUCAUUUUACAGUUCAGGACGGGAUAGAUGCGAUAGAGGAAGUCAUUUA